CCUAUGCAUCUGUAAUAUUUCUAAGUUGUAUAAUCUUUUUUCUAGUUUAAUUGUAUAUCAAGAGAAAGAUGCUGUCGGCCAAGAACGUUAAGCUUCAUGGGAUGAAGGAUGAGAGAUGGACGACAAAAGAUAAAUUGAUUCAGUAUCGUGGAAUUCUCAAGCUGCAUGCACGGGAUAGGAAACUGCAAGUGAUUAGCGUUAAUAAGCUGAAGAAAAAAGUAUCGAGAGAUUUGAAAGACCUAACCUCUGACGUCAAGGAAUAUCGUGGGAUAAUGACUGACAUCAUGAAUGGGGAUCAGCGGCGAAUGCAUAUGUUGCUUCAGCAUCAUCGUGAUUUCCAAUUGGCUUACGAUCAUCUCAAACCUAGCGAGACCUACGCUGCCAUCUUCCAGGACAGCGCCCUCAAGCGAAAACUUCUGAACAAGCUUUACUACACGAAGAAGAAGAAGAUGAAGGAAUUUUUUGAUUUGCAGCUUGAGUGUGCAUUGUUGGCGGAUAAAUAUGAACAGGAACAGGAGUACAAGCCAAAUUAUCUUCAGCAAACCCUCAUUACUAAUUACCAGCGAUUUAUCGCCAAGAUGAAUGCCGCAGCAGCCAUCCGCGAGACGUACAUCUGCAUGUCGAAUAUUCUGAAGAAGGAUGCUGUAUACUUUGACGCUGUACUUGACGCUCUAAAAGUCGAUCAAAAGGUCCAAUGUCAAAUUCUCAUUAAAGCAACCGUCAUGGGACAAUUGGCUGCUGAAAAUUUAGAUGAUACCAGACAGAAGUAUAAGCAGAUGGCACAAGACGUAUGGGUUAAUAUGAGAGAGCGUGAACGCACUUUGAAGAAUGUACGCAGUCAGGUGGAUGACCUUUGGGCGUAUGCGCAAUCACUUGUUCGUGUUGAGAGCGAUACUGAUUUUACUGAGAAAAAGAUAAUUGUUACAAAAAGCGAGGAAUGGCUGCAGUCACAAAUUCGACAUUUGGAAGAUAUUUUUGACAAAACAAAGGAAUCCAUGCUGGUGCGUUCUUACGAUGAAGUUUUUCCGAGACUUGAAGAACAGAUGAGACAAAAGGCACGGCUUUUGGUCCAAUUUAAUCAUAAUUUAAUUGAACGCGAUUCCAUCCUUAACAAGAAACAUCAUGCUCUACUGAUAUUGGCUAGUUUGGAACACAGUAUGAUUGGGACAACUGGACAAUAUAAAGCUGAUAAGAAGAUAAUGUUAGACCAAAUUGAGACUCAAAAGAAGCGUGAAGCUGAUUUCAAGAAUAUGAGAAAAAUUCGGGGCGAGUUACUUAUGAACAUAAGGGCCGCCAUGCAGAAUAUGGUAUCCAUGCUAGUUUACAUUAAGCGUGGUAAAUCUGUGAAGAAGAUUCCUAAGGAAAAUGAAAAGAAAUCAAAAAAAAGUCCCGUAAUAGAGGAAAAAGAAGAUGAGGAAUUCGAAGAUAAAAUAUCUGGAGAGGAAGAGCCACAAUUUGAAAAAAUAGACGAGGAUGGCUUGACUUUAUUGACGCAAGUUACUCGAAAAGUUGGAAUGCUUUUCAGUAUGAGUGGCUUUCAACUUGAUGAGGAAAGAGAAGUGAGGGCUAAGGAUUUGUAUCAGACUUACAUCUCAGAUUACAGAUCGAAAUUGAAAUACGGCGUAGGAGAACCGGAACCGACAGGUUUAUACGUCGAGCAUGAAGUUAUUGACUCAAAUGUCUUGACGCGUGCCGAUAUAAAGUUGCGCAGUAGACAACUCGUUGAAGCUCAUUUGAAACCUGAGUGAGUAAGUAAUAAAUAAAUGAUUGACAUCAUUUUA